UCCCCCAAGGCUCCCAACAUGUGACCCCAUAGUCACAUACACACACUGACUUCUACACUGAGAUCCCAGCACAGCACACAAACACUUGCACUAUUAUACACGAGAAGAGGUGGAAUCGACAAGAUCUGCAACAAGGUGACCACUAUCUCCUUUAUUGUUUGGAUCAGAGACAACAUGGAAGACACCAUGAGGAAACACAUUCAGUCUAUAAGUGUUUUCCAGUGGGUGCUAACAUUUCUACUGAUGGGAAUUUGUUUUACCAUCUUACUCAUAUAUAUGAUGUUCACCUCAUUGUGGUUGAUCCCUGUGGUCUACUUUACUUGGUUACUGCUUGACUGGGAAACUCCUGAAAAAGGUGGUCGCAGGACAGAGUGGGUGAGAAGAUGGACCGUGUGGUUGCAUUUCAGAGAUUAUUUUCCUAUAAAGCUGGUGUCAUCUGCCCCACUCAGUCCCGACAGAAAUUACAUUGUUGGCUGCCACCCACAUGGGAUCAUGGCAUCUUCUUCAUUUUGUAAUUUUGCAACUGAGGCUGGCGGGUUCUCUCUGUUAUUUCCGGGGGUAAGGCCAUGGUUGGCCGUUCUUGCAGGACUCUUCAGGCUGCCUGUGUACCGGGAUUAUCUAAUGUCCGCAGGUAUGGUACCUGUAAGCAAGGACAGCCUACAGUAUCUUCUAACCCGCUGCGGUUCGGGGAAUGCUGUUUUCAUAGUAGUUGGUGGAGCGGCUGAGUCCCUGCAGAGCAUACCAGGAAAGCACUCGGUGACACUGAGUGAACGGAAGGGUUUUGUGAGGCUGGCUCUGCAAAAUGGGGCGGAUCUGCUGCCGGUAUAUUCUUUUGGGGAAAAUGAAUUAUUUGAACAAGUCUGCUUUUCAGCGGACUCCUGGGGAUGGAGGCUACAGAAGCUCUUCCAGAAACACGUGGGAUUCGCCCCUUGCCUCUUCAAAGGAAAGGCGGUGUUUAGCGAGAGCGGCUGGGGACUCAACCCCUUCCCACGCCCAAUCACCACUGUGGUGGGACGGCCGAUCCGUGUAGCUCACAGCCCGGUGCCCUCGGAGGAGGAAGUGGAUCACUAUCACUCUCUCUAUAUUCAGGGCCUAAAGGAGAUUUUUGAUGAGUAUAAAACCUCCUGCGGACUCACUGCAAGCGACACAUUGGAGGUUCUCUGAACCCUUGUGCAUUGAUCUUUAUUAGGAAUACCGGCGGGGGCUGCCACAUGGCUUGUAUUUUACUGCACCGGACAUUCAUUCCAACACUCAAUGCUGAUAUUAUCCAUCUGGAAGACAAAUAACAAAACAAGCCUGGAUUCCGGCAAGGAAUGAUUAAUAAAUAUUUUCUUUUCACAAGGAGAGACUUAACAGAGACAGAACAUUGCGGAAAUAUUGCUCCAGAGCCUAUCAGUGGCUUGCUUUCAAAUGAUCAUCACAUGACCUGUCAAGGGUUAAAGGGGUGGUUCACCUUUAAUUUAACCUUUACUAUGUUAUAGAAUGGCAACUUUUCAAUUGGCCCUA